GCACUGAAUCCUGCUUAUCGAGGAAAUGCAGUUAACAUAUCAGCUGGACCUGUUUCCUGAAUACAGGGUGACACUUCUGCUAUGUAAAGAUGUAAAAAAUGCUGGAGACUUGAGACAAAAGGCCAUGGAAGGUGCCAUUGAUGGCUCAUUAAUAAAUCCUACAGUGACUGUCGAUCCGUUUCAGAUACUUGUGGCAGCAAACAAAGCAGUUCACCUCUACAAACUGGGAAAAAUGAAGACGAGAACUCUAUCUACUGAAAUCAUUUUCAAUCUUUCCCCAAAUAACAAUAUUUCAGAGGCCUUGAAAAAAUUUGGUAUCUCGGCAAAUGACACUUCAGUUCUGAUUGCUUAUAUUGAAGAGGGAGAAAAACAAAUAAAUCAAGACUACCUAAUAUCUCAGGUAGAAGGUCAUCAAGUUCCUCUCAGAAAUCUCCCUGAAAUAACAAAUAUUACGGAAGUCUAAAAGAUAUAUAAACUAUCUUCACAAGAAGGAAGCAUUGGGACAUCAUUGGAUGG